AUGCCGCAUAUGCCAAAAACACCAACCUACUACUGGAUAGACUUCUUGUGUAUGAAUCAAUCAAACAUUGAAGAAAGGAACGCGCAAGUUGCCCGCAUGGCCGACGUGUUCAAGAAAGCAGAUGGUGUUGUGGUCUGGCUAGGCAAAGAGGAUCAGUACACGCAGGAUGCUCUGACCACGAUGCGAAGGAUAUCGGCGACCCCUGAGAAAGACGGGCCGCUAGUACCGUACACCUCCUUUUACAACCCAGAAGAGAGUCAGUUGGUGUCUUCUACCAGACUCACCUUCCACAACUGGCUCGGAUUCAUAGUCCUCAUCAAUCGCCCAUGGUUCAAGAGGGCCUGGGUCAUUCAAGAGAUCGCGCUUGGCAAAACGGCCCUGGUAGUCUGUGGUAACAAAGUCUUUCCCUGGGACAUUCUCUCCAAAACACUGUCUUUCGUCAAGACUACGAGAUGGUAUCAUCAUCUCCAUGCCGAGAAGCUUAAGCAUGUAAAAGAGCUGCGAAAACAUCCCGGUAUCUACAAGCAGAUCCUCAAGUCAAAAUUGGAAGUCGGUAUUAGUCCUCUGAAUCUCAAUUCCACUCGACUAACCGCAUCAUCGUUGAUCGAGCCUAACGGCCAAGCGGUCAAACAACCGUCUUUCCGAAACUUACUGGACAAACAUCGCUUUGCUGAGUCUUCAGAUCCUAGGGACAAGGUUUACGCCUUCCUCGGCCUUGCCAAUAGGAACCUAUCUCCGUUCCGUACGCAGCCAAACGCGCUUGUUCCGGACUACAAUCUCAGUGUGGAAGAGGUCUUCAUCGAAAUCGCAACCGUUCUUAUGUCUUCAUACAAGAAUCUCUCCUGGCUAUCUCACGUAGAAGACUUAUCACAAAGACGGAUAUCUGGACUACCGUCCUGGGUGCCUGAUCUUAGUGUACCACUUCAACCAUACCCGCUCCGCUACCGCGGUCCCGCAUACUGGGCAGCUGCUGGUAACCGCGCCUGGCGUCCAGAUGUAGCGAGCAUGGAAAAGGGAUUACUUCGGGUUCAAGGAAUCCAACUAGACCGUGUUGACCAGACCUCAAUGCUUAUUGACGAAUCAGAAGACCCUUCAGCGGCAUGGGCAAGCAUCGUGAACCUAGCUCUCUCACUCAACUUUCCUUAUCCGGACCCUGGUGCAACUGGCAAGACACCGUCACGCGUUGAGGAGCUGGAGAACUGGUACCUAAACACCGUCGUCGAUCCAUCCAUCGCCCCACACGUAGCAGAUAUCCAUCUAGACGGCGAGACAACGAACCGCCAACAAGUCCUCUUCCCCGACUUGAAACGGAAGGAGUUUGAGCCGACGGUCCAGCCGCAUUACGACGAGAACGACGUAUGGAUUAAUUACCACAAGCCUACGGACAAGGAAUGCGUGUACGAUCGCACUUUGGAAUUGUAUUCCGCGCGACAGAAUUAUAUCCAGGAAGAAGGUGUACGGAGGUUGAGCGUGUGGUUGGACUGGUAUGCUGAGAAGAUGAAACCGGAACCGCUGCGCGAUGAGAGUGUGGUGGCGGCGUGCCAAUCCACGAUAUUGUUCUUGAAGGACGAUUAUCUCAAGCGGAAAGUCGACUUCGCGACUGAGGUGUAUGCGGUUUUGGAUAAGGGGGAUACGAAGAGUGCGAAGAUGGUGGUGGAUGAUCUGGUGGAGUUGUUUCCGUGGUUGAAGAAGGACUUUUGUGGGAGGCUGAUGAACUCUGUGGUGGCUUAUGAUGGGUUGAAGAAUAAAUUAUCACAGGUCUAA